CGCGCGGGUGGAGGGGCGCGGGCCGCGCGCGCUCCGGAGAUGCCUUCCUGCGAGGCUCCGGCAGCGCGGCCCGGGGAGAUCGCCCGCAGGCAGCGGAGGCGCGGCGGGCCGGGGGACGACCAGGGAGCCCCUAACAAAGCAGCUUUGGGAGGGCCGGAGGCCUCUGCCUCCCUCGGCGAUAGGUCCGCGAAGCUGCCUGUCACCCCGCAUAGGUGGAGGUGGCCAAUGGCGUGCACAGACGGAGCUCGAGUUGGCGCGCGCGCGCGGCUCGGCAUCGGUGGGAUUGGUCGGAGGUUGUGGGAAACGCGGAAACGGAGACGCUGGCGGUAGAGCCUCGAGCGAAACCUUUCCCUACACUAGGCCAGAGCUUCCUCCUCUCCUGAAGAACUCUAGACUUCCCCGUUUACAACAAAGGCUGGGAUGUAUGUUCCUUAGACCUUGAUUCCAUACACACAUGUUCGCCCCGGGAGCUGGGAAGGUCUGCGCUCCCGGGGUGAUCUUGUUGAAAACAAAAAGAAUUGCCCACGCUGUGGAAGACAAACCUAAACCGGAAAACUAAAAGUCAUCCCUGAUUCCUCCUUCUCCUUAACCCUCUCCCAUCCGUUUCUGUUAAACUCCCAAACCCCUUCCUCCCAUCCUGUCUCACCUGGACCUCAGUAAAGGGCUCCCAUCGUCCUUCUGUCCCAGGCCUUGCCCCCUGAAAUCUGUUCUCCACUUUGCAGAAUGAUCCUUCUAAGCAGAAAAGUCUCAUUUUGCGCUCUCAACUCUGGGUCUCUUUUCUUUCCCCAGAACACGUCCACCCCCAGCCCCUCCCUUCACUUCACUAAUUCCUACCCUUCUUCAGAUUCCAGCUUGGCCGCCAAGGCAUCCAUGCAGUAGGCGUUGCUGAACUCCUGCUGUGCAGUACCUGCUCUUACAGACCCCGGGAAGCCUCCUGUACCCUGUCAAGGUUAGAUGCCACGUUUCCACUUCCAGUGCUUCCACCCCCUGUACUCCCCUCACAGCCUGUAUUACACGG